AUGUACACUUACAACAAGUUUGGUUCAAGAGCAUCCACAGCCACAUCAGGAACCCAAUCAACAAAGAAGACAUCACCAUCUUCACCAACUGCCACCACUACGAAGUCAUCAAAACUCACCUCUUCAGAAAAAGUAAAGAAAGAUGCUGCAAAGGCAGUUUUGCAACCCAUAGAUUACAACAACCACUACAUCCAUUCAGGUGAAUACGCUACAAAAUUCAUUAGAAAUGUAGUCAACCCACUUGACGGGUAUCCCAAAUUGAAUAAAUUACACGAGUUGAAGAAACAACAGGUUGCCAAGCAUGCAACAAAAGCAUUUGGUGUUCGUUGCCCCACUGAUAAAAUCGUUCCAACUUUAAAUACUUGGAUUCAAAAACACAACCUCAAAUUUGAUGUCAUCAUGAUUGGUGCUUUGGUUGAUAAUCAGUUUAUAUUACCAGUUUUAAACAGCUUGCCCAUUUACAAAUUGUGUUCCAAACCAGGUUUCCUAUUUAUUUGGUCAACAACACAAAAAAUUCAACAAUUGACAAAAUUGUUAAAUAGCGACAAUUUUAACAAGAGGUUUAGACGGUCAGAAGAGCUCAUUUUUUUACCAAUUAAUGACAAGUCACCUUAUUAUCCGCAUGUCGCUAACACAGCUAAAGAAAAAUCGUUAUUUGAAAAACAACAAUGGCAUUGUUGGAUGUGUAUCACUGGCACAGUUAGAAGAUCAACCGACAACGACUUGAUCCACUGCAAUAUCGACACCGACUUGCAGAUUGAGAGCCCUUCAAUCACUUCCAAGCAUGGUCGAAAUGCAUGUCCUGUACAAAUUUAUCAAGUUGCUGAAAAUUUUUCCAACUCGAAUAGAAGAUUGCAUAUAAUUCCAUCAAGAUUGGGUCCUGAAACCCAUGUCAAGUUACGGCCAGGAUGGGUUAUACUAGGUCCAGACGUAUUGGUCAACAACUUUGAUCCUGAAGCAUACAAUGAUGAAUUGCAUGACAAAUCAGUCAUUAAGUAUAAGCAAAAUAUUACUGGGGCAAGCACAAGUUUAUCGGCUCAAUUUUUGGUACCUCAAACAAACGAGAUUGAGGAAUUGAGACCAAAGAGUCCAAUUAUAUCAGCUAAGUGA